GGUGUGUGCUGGGAGGGAGGUGAACGGGUGGGUGUCCCUUGUUGCAACACUGCUGUGCUGGAGGCUUCUGAUACUGGUGUGGCAGUUUGAAGGGAGGUGGGAUGGCCACGCUUAUUCCUUCCUGAUCGUGCUUUGGAGUGAGUGCAUGUGAUGGGUUCAGAUUUGGGCGGGACAGUUUGGUUAGCAAUAAUUAUUUUGGUAUUAUUAUAGUUUAAGCCAUUACACACUACGUGGUAAUAACCUACCUCAUUUUGUUCUUCUCACUAUUCACAUCUUUUCUAAUGAUUACACUACUUGUCGGAAAUUAAUAAUAACGCCACAAUAGGCCUGGGAAUGCACAGCGCUCUCUACUUUUUCUAAGUCCACAGGUAAACAUAAAUGGUGUAUUGUUGCCUGAACUUCAGUUGUUUAAUGCUUUGAAUUGUGGGUAGCUGCUGGAUAGGAUCACUGUGUCUAUAAUUCCUCGGGCCAAUCACGUGCUACCACCACUUAACACCACGAGUUGCACCAAUAGGAAGUCUCUAUAAGUACCCAUAAGCUGCGCGGGCAGGUGUGUGCACACCGCUUCCGGUCACUUCCGCCAUGGCUACUGUUGACGUUACUUGUACUGGUUGCAAAUUUGAUUAUUGGCUCUUCAUCGCUACGUUUCACCGCAAAGACGACUUGUGCUGCCAGUUCUUGAGGAAACACGGCGUUUUACCCACUGCAGUCGAGUGUCCCGAGUGCCACACGCCGUGUAAGCUGCGCAGUGACAGGCGUGUGUGGUAUUGCGGCCGGUACCGCAAGCUGCCGAAAAAGAAGCGCAGUAAGCAGUGCAACUUCAGCGUUUCUGACUUUAAAGGAACUUUCCUGGAAGGAACGCAUCUUCCUGCGUGGCAGUUGCCUUGGAAAGUGCAUUCCUGGCUGAGUGUGGUGCGUGUGCCUGCUACUCGUGUGGUGGUGCUGCUGCUGCGUGAAGCCUCUGCCGUGGGAACCCAUCACAAAUAGCUAAUGGAUUCUGUAUGAUGGGAUCAGCAGCAGACAGAAUUCCAGUGAUGUAUCAACAUGCCUAGGGGCACCCUUGGGGGCAUCCAUUACUGGCAGAAGCCCCCAGUGUGCUGAGUGAUGGGAUGGCAUGACCUUGCACAUCAGAGGGUCAGCACCACCACCAGCACCACCACCACCACCACCACUAAGGCACAAUCUCCCCUGCAGGUUUCAGUGAGGACCAGUUCAGCUACUUCAAUCCCUCAUAAGACAAUUAGGUGUUCUUGGUGAAUAAGGAAGAGGAGAUUGAAUGCAGAGUGAUUACCUACCUGACCACCAAGGAUAGGAUUGCCUGCGCCAGUGGGCAGUGCAGUGCAGACUCCAAGGCUCCCCAAGUGUACAGCAUUGUUGUGUGUGUGGAUGGGGUGUGUGUGUGCAGACUCCUCACACUCUGUAUUGUAUGGCUGGGCAAGGUCACCUGCUAUUGAGACAGUAGCUCCUCGUUGGUCAUUGCCAGGCUCUCUUUUGGAUCUUCAUGGCAGUUUCCACAACAGCAAACACUGCAAGCUUGACCACACUGAUCUUGUCUCCAGUGAAGCUAAGAGUGGGAGUGUUCUUACCAAGUAUGUGUUGUGUUGUGGAGUUUUUAGUUUAGUUUUAGUCACUGUCCAUCCUUAAUCUGUUACUGGAAUCAUGAAAACACCCUUGCAAACCAUAAUAAUGUCCGCUAAAUCCUGUUAAAGUAUCAUUAACCCUUUUACUUGAAUCACAGAGACUAACCCUUUUACUUGAAUCACAGAGACAUCCUUGCAAACUCUGACAACAUCCACUGAAACUUGUUAAACUGUCACUAGCAUUAUUAAACCAUUACUUGAUCAUAAAAACACCCUUGAAAACCCUGGUAAUAUCCAUUAAAGUCUGUUAAACUAUUACUAACCUUAUUAAACCAUUACUUGAAUCAUGAAAAUGCCCUUGAAAACCCUGAUAACAUCCACUAAAGCCUUUUAAAUUACCACUCCAAUCAGGGGAGCUCCAAACACUAUUAGAGCUUGUUGAUAAAGAAAAGGCACUGGGAUUUUGGGAAAUGCACAUUUCAAGCUGUAGCCUUACCUCACAUCCUUACCUCUCAUAACAGGGCCUUCGUUGGAGGCAUCCCCUGUGAUAUAGUGGACGACAACCUGGAGCUCUGUGACACACUGACAAGGGAGAAGGUUACUUGUCGCUCCAAGGCUAAGCUGGUCCACCCCAUGAAUGCCACUGUCUGCGUUACUGGAAGAGGCGCGUCUGAAGUGACCAAGAUAGGAAUGUACGUGGACUCCCAGGACAGGCUGUACCAGUUCCACACAUAUGCUGUGAUGCGCUGAGUUGGGCAGGAAUAUGAGAUGUAAGCAUUGGUGACCACUCAUAUUUGCCCACCCUGCUGAUUGACAACCUUGGCAAACUUUGGAUUUUUGAAAGCCAUCAUUAGCAGACCUCUUGGGUGGUUUCCAAGACCCCAGCUUGGCCUUCAAGACAUUUAACCAUACCAGGGUCUUCCUCCAGCAGCUCACCAGAAUAUAACUGGAUAACUUGCCUGCUGCCAGCACCUCCAGGCCUCUAGAGGUUGUGGCACCACAGCCUUCACAGCCCCUGAAAUCCCCAACAAGAACAAGAACACAACAGGGUAGUGGGAGUGGUGGCUUCAAGACUCACUGCCACUGUACAGGGCAACUGUUACUCUUGUACAUCAUGUGCUGCUUACAAGACUGUGCCUAGAAUUCUGAGAGGAAAAAGUAAAAGCUCACAGGACUGGUUGACGAGACAGCUAAAUGACCCUUAUGUGAAGUUGACCAAGCAACAUCAGCACAGCUGACAUGUGGGGUCUCCCAGGGCCCCCUCCCCAGCUCACAGUGGGCCCUCACCCCCUCCAGGUGGUCCAAUGUGCCAAGCUUCUCGGAGUCACGGUGGACGACCAGCUGACCUGGAAGCAGCAUGUCGCCAGCACCGUGAGAUCAGCUACCUAUAGGCUGUACAUGCUGUGCAGACUCAGGUCGCUGGGGACGCCAACAGAUGAGUUAAGGGGGGUGUACCUUACCUUCAUCCUCCCCAAACUUGUGUACGCCUUCCCAGCGUGGUCCUCCUCCCUCACACACACUCAACAGCUACAGCUAGAGAGUGAGCAGAAAAGGGCGUGCAGGGUCAUCCUUGGCCUUGCAUACACCACCUAUGAAGAAGCCCUGACCACCCUGGGUCUGUCCAGACUAUCCACCAGGCACCGAGAGGCUCUGGAGAAGUUUGGAAGGGGACUACUGCAUCAUCCACGUCUCAGAAACAUGCUGCCGCCUGACGCGCCUCACCCGGUCUGUGCCACCAGACACCACAACAAGAUAAUGCCCCUAAAGGCGCCGCGCACAGACUGGCAUUGUCAGUGAUGCUUCCUGUGUUGUGAUUCCAUCAUGGCAGGCAUGGAAGUGCCUCUCGCUGCAUCACCGCCUCAUGAUCAUUGAGAGCAUGGACACAGACACAGGCCCCAGUGGGUACAUGGACCUCCUCAAUGGACAGAUGGAUAGAGGCUGGUGUGCUGGCUGCAUGUGUCAGGAGUGAAUCUCAACCUUCUUCUCCAUUGUGGCAACAGGGAUGAUAUAUGAGAUGGCCAUGACCAGCAUGCCCCCUCAGGAGCUGCAUCUCUAACCAAACCUCACCACACUGACCCUCCACUCACAUCACAUCUUCAGGUGCUGCAUCUGCACCUGCCACACAGUCCAUCCUCUGAGGCUGUUGUCCUGCGCAUCUUCUUCCCAAAGCCUCAGCAUUAUGA